CUGGCACAAGGGGGAGAAGUGCCCGGACGCUGUGACGGCAAAUGUAUUGUCUUUGGUCAUGAUCGGUCACGGUUGAUUUGAAGGCCAGUCGGUUGGUGUGUGAGCUGCGGAGAACAUCGCGGGAACACUUUCUCUGAUUUCAGACGUAAAAGUGCCUUCAAAUUUUCCGAAACAAAUCAAAACGGCUGCAGCAGAAGUAUGAUGUGCCCAUCCUUCAAGAGGCUACAUUUUCGGGGAAUGCUGCGAUGAUUAAGAUGUUAAUUGAAGCCUGCUCCAAAGUCAAUGCACAGAAUCGGGAAGGUAGGACAGCGUUACAUGUUGCUACCAGAUUGGGAAACAUCGAAAUCGUCAAAGAACUGGUGAAGGGUGGUGCUAGGGUGAAUGCAGAGACAGAGGAUUACAAGACAAGCCUCCAUGUUGCAUCAUGGAAAGGACAUGAUGAUAUCGUGAAGUAUCUUAUCUCUUCUGGUGCUGAUGUAAACAGAGCUGAUAUGGAUGGAACCACUGCCAUGCAUUGGGCUGCAAAACACAACAAGAAUGAUCUGAUAGAGUACCUCAUAGAUUCAGGGGCAAAAGUCAGUUUGGGUGACAAGCUGAAGCGGGGACCAAUACAUGAGGCAGCACUUAGGGGAAAUACAGAGGCAGUGCAGUUGUUAUUGAAGCAUGGGGCUCGUCUGGACCAGAGGACGAAGGACGGAUCAUCCCUGGUAUCCUACAUUCUGGACAAGAGUCAACAUUUCACAGAAGAUCUCACAGAAUUGCUUCUGAUCGCCGGUGCCAAUCCUCAUGGAAUAUUCUCAACCAUAAUGCCAAGAGACAGUCUAGAAACCAAACGAAUAAAAGGUGUGAUCUUAAACUUUCAGUACAGUGUCCCAAGUUUGAUGAACAUUUCUCGAGUUUAUAUCAGGAGACAGUUAUCUGAAGCCAACCGUGGCCGAAGUAUCAUAAAAGACAUUGCUGAACUGCCACUGCCAAACCUGAUGAAAGACUUUAUACUUUUAAAACCGGAUUUAGACAAAUUUGAAGAGCGUGACAAUGUUCAUUUGAAUGUGGAGGUCGAUCAAGACUGUGGUGAAAUAGUCUGUGAUGAUGAUGAUUUUGAUGAUGAAUUGUAAGAUUUAUUUUGAUUCUUUAGUUAUUAAACGUUAUUGUUUCA